AUGAGUGUCUCUCAAAAGCAUCCUUAUCAUUUAGUAGAUCCAAGUCCAUGGCCUCUUUUGGGUUCAUUGGGAGCUUUGGCAAGCACCAUUGGUGGUGUUAUGUACAUGCACUCUUUUACGGGAGGUGGAACACUUCUUAGCUUAGGCUUGGGAAUGAUCCUAUAUACUAUGUUUGUAUGGUGGCGCGAUGUUAUACGUGAAUCCACUUACGAAGGACAUCAUACAUUUGUGGUCCAAUUAGGACUUCGCUAUGGUAUGAUUUUGUUCAUCGUGUCUGAAGUCAUGUUUUUUUUAGCUUUCUUUUGGGCUUUUUUUCAUUCUUCUUUGGCACCUACGGUAGAAAUUGGAGCUAUUUGGCCCCCUAAAGGAAUUGAUGUGUUAAAUCCUUGGGGAAUUCCUUUUCUAAAUACCCUUAUUCUACUUUCAUCUGGAGCUGCCGUGACUUGGGCUCAUCAUGCUAUAUUAGCUGGAUUCAAAAAACAAGCUGUUUAUGCUUUAGUAGCUACCAUUUUGCUAGCUCUAGUCUUCACCGGGUUUCAAGGAAUGGAAUAUGUAGAAGCACCCUUCACGAUUUCCGAUGGUAUUUAUGGUUCUACCUUUUUCUUAGCCACUGGGUUUCAUGGUUUUCAUGUCAUUAUAGGUACCAUUUUCCUAAUAAUAUGCGCUAUUCGUCAAUAUCUAGGGCAUUUUACCCAAACGCAUCACUUUGGCUUUGAAGCAGCUGCUUGGUACCGGCAUUUUGUUGACGUGGUUUGGUUAUUCCUAUUUGUAUCUAUUUAUUGGUGGGGAGGUAAUUAA